CUGGUUUUGAAGCUGGUGUUUUGUGUUUAUACUCUUGUGGAAAUAUUUGAAGUCUGACUUACUAACAGCUACAGUUAGUCGGCAGAUGAAUGAGUCGUCUCACUCUUGAUUGGUGGUAUGUCUGACUCUGACAGUGAUGAGGACCACGGACGCCCAUUCUCACUUACAGGUUUCCUAUUUGGCAACAUUAAUGAAGAUGGACAACUGGAGGAUGACAGUGUGCUUGACAAGGAGUCAAAGAAGCAUUUGGCUGGCCUGGGGGCUCUUGGUUUGGGCAGUCUCAUUACUGAAAUCACAGCCAAUGAAGAUCAGGGAACAGAGUCAGAUGAAGUGGCCAGUGUUGAUUCAGAAGGAUGGGUUAGAAGCACAGAUGAUGCUGUGGAUUAUUCUGAUAUCAAUGAGGUGGCUGAAGAUGAAACGCGAAAGUUCAGGCAAGCCAUGAAUAGCCUGCAGCCCAUCAGAAAACCAGAUGAUGACGAUGAUGAUUAUGAUGCAGAUGUUGAAGAUAUUGACUCAAAGCUGAUGCCACCCCCUCCUCCACCUCCUCUUCCCUUGAAAAAGGAAGAGGAGAAGAUUCAGCCUGGGCCUGCAGCUGAUGAGGGUGAUGGAAUUAUUUUACCAUCAAUUAUUGCUCCCUCGUCCUCUGUGUCAGAGAAGGUAGACUUCAGCAGCUCCUCAGAUUCUGAGUCAGAAAUGGAAAGGAGUGGUACAGAAGGUGAACCUGUGAAAUCCCAGGAAGGCAAGUUGACCCUUCCCCUUGCUGGAAUCAUGCAACAGCGAGAAGGAAAUAAACCACUGCCCAGUGUCACAGAACUUUUUCCAGAGUUCCGUCCAGGGAAGGUUUUAAGGUUCCUUCGUCUCUUUGGACCAGGAAAAAAUAUCCCAUCAGUGUGGCGCAGUGCUAGAAGGAAACGGAAAAAGAAGCAUCGUGAACCUCAGUCAGACUCUUUGCCUCAAGAAAUGGAAGGCGGUGAAACUGGUCUGGAAAAGAAAUCAGGUUGGGAGUAUGAGUAUGGCCCUCCUCCCCCUCCUGAACAGUGCCUCUCAGAUGAUGAGAUUACAAUGCUGGCUCCUGUGGAGUCCAAACUAUCUCAGUCUGCCAAUGACACAGACAAAGUACAAGAUUCAAGACCAAAAGUGACAGAAUGGCGAUACGGUCCCGCUCAGCUUUGGUAUGACAUGCUUGGUGUUCCAGAAGAUGGAGAAGGAUUUGAUUAUGGAUUCAAGUUGAAGGAAGAGCAACAUGAUGAAACUAGAAACCUAGAAAAGGGAACCUGUGGUUCAACAAAAGAUGGCUCUGAUGACCUUUUGGCAGAUGAACACUUCCUAAUGGUGACUCAGUUACAGUGGGAGGAAGACAUCAUUUGGAAUGGAGAAGAUGUGAAACACAAGACCACAAAGAUGCAGAGGGCAAGCUUGGCUGGAUGGCUGCCAUCAAGCAUGACAAGAAAUGCUACAGCGUACAAUGCACAACAAGGGCUUAUCAGAAGUGGAUCACUUCUUGUCAACCCUACCCCACCUCCAGCACAGAAAACAUCAUCCUUGGGAACUGUCAGUAUUAUCAAAGGAAAAGAAAAACACACAUCUGACUACCCAGCUUCUCAAGAAGAUGACAGACCGUGGUUCUCGAUUUUCCCUAUUGACAAUGAGGAGUUAGUUUAUGGACGUUGGGAAGACAAUAUUAUCUGGGAUGAUGAAGCAAUGGACAAAAUCCUUGACCCACCAGUUCUUUUGUUGGACCCUAAUGAUGAGAACUUAAUUCUUGAAAUACCAGAUGAAAAAGAAGAAGCUACAUCAAAUUCACCCUCCAAAGAGAACAAGAAAGAGUCUUCACUGAAAAAAAGCAGAAUCCUCCUUGGAAAAACAGGUGUCAUCAAAGAGGAGCCACAGCAGAAUAUGUCUCAGCCAGAAGUUAAGGACCCCUGGAAUCUCUCCAAUGAUGAAUUUUAUUAUCCUAAACAGCAGGGAUUACGAGGGACAUUUGGGGGGAACAUUAUUCAGCAUUCGAUUCCAGCAGUGGAGCUUCGUCAGCCAUUCUUCCCUACACACAUGGGCCCAAUGAAAUUGAGGCAGUUUCAUCGACCAGUGCUGAAAAAAUACUCAUAUGGAGCAUUGUCACAGCCCGGACAGCAUUCUGUUCAGCCGUUGCUCAAACACAUCAAAAAGAAGGCUAAGAUGAGAGAACAAGAACGACAGGCUUCUGGUGGUGGUGAGAUGUUUUUCAUGAGAACACCACAGGAUCUAACAGGGAAAGAUGGGGACCUUAUUCUGUCAGAGUAUAGUGAAGAGAACCCACCUCUUAUGAUGCAGGUUGGCAUGGCUACCAAGAUAAAGAACUACUAUAAACGGGAUGUAGAGACUGAUACUGUGGUUCCCCCCAUUAACCAACGUAUGGGCCCAGUUAUUUCUACCAAUCAACUUGGAGAUUUUAAUAUCUUUAAUUACUCCAACGUGCUGAUCCCUGAUGAACUGGCCGACCUUUUAUCUAAGGGAUACACCUAUGUACCUCAACAGAAGUUCGAUUUAGUGAACACCAUCAUCGAUAUUAAGAUGUUUGCUCGUAAAUUGAACUUUAACCUGCUGUUUGAAACUCGUGGUUUCAGUCAUGAUACUCCAUCUGAUAUGUUUGUCCCUAGCAUGUUUAACCCACCUCUGCACCCAUUAGUACAAGUGUUUGAAUCCACUUGUGAACUUGAUUUAAGACAUAGUAAUUUGCAUUUAAGUAAAUGUACCAACGAUAUAAGGAAGUCUGAAAUGACCCUGUUGGAAUAUGUUAAGUUACAUUCCUUAAGAAUCUGUAAACCCGAUAAAGGUGGUGGGGUUGUAGUCUUUGAUCAAUUAGACUACUUUGACAGGAUGUUGGGCCUAUUGUCUAAUGAUGAAGAAGGGCUAGAGAAAGAAAAGCAUUUUUCAGGUAAAGCACAGUCUGAGCAAGCUGACACAGCUACAGAUGAGAAAGAGGGUCAAGCAGGGGUAUUCAUUUAUCGUCUUUUCUGGAAGAGUAAAGAUCGUCCUCGAAGAAUUCGAAUGGAAGACAUAAAGAAAGCAUUUCCUUCACACUCUGAGAGUAGCAUCCGAAAAAGGCUAAAACUCUGUGCUGACUUCAAAAGAACAGGAAUGGACUCGAACUGGUGGGUACUGAAAAAUGAUUUCCGGCUGCCAACAGAAGAGGAAAUUCGAGCUAUGGUCUCCCCAGAGCAGUGCUGUGCCUAUUACAGUAUGCUGGCAGCAGAGCAGCGACUAAAGGAUGCAGGAUACGGUGAGAAGUCCUUUUUUGCACCUGAAGAAGAGAAUGAAGAGGAUUUUCAAAUGAAGAUAGAUGAUGAGGUGAGGACAGCUCCAUGGAAUACAACACGAGCAUUUAUUGCAGCAAUGAAGGGAAAGUGCCUGCUGGAGGUAACUGGGGUGGCAGACCCCACAGGCUGUGGAGAAGGAUUUUCUUAUGUGAAAAUUCCAAACAAGCCGACACAACAGAAGGAUGAUAAAGAGCCUCAGCCUGUAAAAAAGACUGUGACUGGAACAGAUGCAGACCUUCGGCGACUGUCCCUGAAGAAUGCAAAACAGCUGUUGCGCAAGUUUGGUGUGGCAGAAGAAGAGAUUAAGAAGCUGUCCCGUUGGGAGGUCAUUGAUGUAGUUCGGACAAUGUCAACAGAGCAGGCACGGUCUGGUGAGGGCCCCAUGAGUAAAUUUGCACGUGGGUCCCGAUUUUCUGUGGCUGAACAUCAGGAAAGAUAUAAAGAAGAAUGUCAAAGGAUUUUUGAUCUGCAGAACAAGGUUCUGGAGUCAACAGAGAUCCUAUCUACAGAUACUGACAGCAGCUCAGCCGAAGACAGUGAUUUUGAAGAAAUGGGCAAAAACAUUGAGAACAUGUUGCAAAACAAGAAAACAAGCUCUCAGCUCUCAAGGGAACGAGAAGAGCAAGAAAGGAAGGAAUUGCAGAGAAUGCUGAUGGGUGAAGAUAGUGGAAAUGAAAAGGACAGAAACAAAAAAGACAAGAAAGACAGGAAAGGAUUGUUUUCAGGCUCUGGAACUGGAACCUCAACAGGCUCUCACAAAGAUGAUGAUACAGCCUCUAUUACAAGUAUGACCUCCUCUGCCACAGGUCGUCGACUUAAAAUCUACCGUACCUUUCGGGAUGAGGAUGGGAAGGAGUAUGUCCGUUGUGAGACAGUCCGUAAGCCAGCAGUUAUAGAUGCAUACUUGAGAAUUCGAUCCAAGGAUGAUGACUUUAUACGAAAGUUUGCCUUAUUUGAUGAACAGCAUCGUGAAGAGAUGCGAAAGGAAAGACGAAGAAUUCAGGAACAGCUGAGGCGCCUUAAACGAAACCAAGAAAAAGAAAAAUUAAAAGGACCUCCAGAGAAAAAAGCAAAAAAAAUGAAAGAAAGACUUGACCUCAAGGUAAACCCUACAAACAAGCUUAAGUGUGGUGCCUGUGGUGCUAUUGGACACAUGAGGACAAAUAAGUUUUGCCCAUUGUAUUAUCAGACAAAUGCUCCUCCGUCAAAUCCAGUGGCAAUGACUGAAGAGCAGGAGGAGGAGCUUGAAAAAACAGUAAUCCCCAAUGAUAAUGAGGAGCUUAUUAAAGUGGAAGGAACUAAGAUUGUCCUGGGAAAACAGCUCAUUGAAAGUGCUGAUGAGGUGCGCAGAAAAUCUUUGGUGCUAAAGUUCCCAAAACAACAGCUGCCUCCAAAGAAGAAGCGACGUGUUGGUACAACGAUUCACUGUGAUUACCUGAAUAGACCUCAUAAAUCUAUCCAUCGUCGAAGAACAGAUCCCAUGGUGACGCUGUCCUCCAUAUUGGAGAGUAUCAUCAAUGACAUGCGAGAUCUCAGCAAUACGUAUCCCUUCCAUACACCUGUGAAUGCCAAGGUAGUAAAGGAUUACUAUAAAAUUAUCCAGCAUCCUAUGGAUCUACAGACUCUGCGGGAGAAUGUUCGUAAACGAAUGUAUCCAUCACGUGAGGAGUUCAGAGAACAUGUAGAGCUGAUUGUUAAAAAUAGUGGUACAUACAAUGGACCAAAGCACCCACUAACUCAGAUUGCCCAGUCGAUGUUGGAUUUAUGUGAUGAGAAAAUGAAGGAGAAGGAAGACAGGCUUGCUCGUCUGGAAAAAGCUAUCAAUCCUCUCCUAGAUGAUGAUGAUCAGGUUGCUUUCUCAUUCAUUCUGGAUAAUAUAGUGACACAGAAGAUGAUGGCUGUACCUGAAUCUUGGCCUUUCCACAACCCAGUCAACAAGAAGUUUGUACCAGAUUAUCACAAAGUUAUUGAAAAUCCUAUGGACCUUGAUACAAUUCGUAAGAAUAUCUCCAAGCACAAGUAUCAGAACCGGGAGUCUUUCCUAGGGGAUGUGGACUUGAUUCUGAAUAAUAGCAUUAAGUACAAUGGUCCUGAAAGUGUUUAUACAAAAACUGCUCAGGAGAUUGUAAAUGUCUGUCACCAGACAUUGUCUGAGUAUGAUGAACACCUGACUCAGCUGGAAAAAGACAUUUCUGCAGCCAAGGAGGCAGCUCUGGAUGCAGCAGAUCUGGAAAGCUUUGAUCCUAUGACUCCAGGACCAUUUACUCCUCAGCCUCCUGAUUAUUAUGACAGCAAUACCUGUCUUAGUGCAUCACGUGACACAUCUCUUUAUCUUGAUGAGAGCAAUAUGUCCAGUAUGCCUACACCUUCAGCCACAUCUGACAAAAGAUUAUUGCAGAUGCUUCAGCGUCGAGGCCGUACGGGAGAAGAAGAGUCUGAUGUUGACAUUGAAGGAUUUGAUGAAGAUGAUGAUGGGAAGCCAAAGACUCCAGCUCCUGAGGUGGAUGGUGGAGAUGGUGAGCUUGCUGAUGAAGAUGGAACAUCAUUGCGAAGGCAGCAAUCAAGUAUUCUCUAUGAAGACCUUCUUAUGUCAGAGGGAGAGGAUGAUGAAGAAGGCAGUGAUGAAGAAGGAGACAAUCCUUUCUCAUCUAUUCAGCUCAGUGAGAGUGGCAGUGACUCUGAAGUGGAGUCCCACAAGGGCAGGCUGAAGCGUUCGGAUGUCUUGCAGGAGAAUACACGAAUGGGAAUGGGAAUGGACAAUGAGGAAAGCAUGAUGUCUUAUGAUGAGGGAGGAGCCACCCAUAUGAUGGAGGAUAGUAAUGUUAGUUAUGGCAGUUAUGAUGACAUUGAUCACAAGUCCAGCAUGAGGGAUACGAGUUACAGCAGUGUUUGUAUGUAUGGUAUGUCUGAAGAAGAGGAGGAGGAGGAAGAGGAAGAGCGACAUCAUGGUCCAAGUGUGUUGAGUCAUGUCCCGCUGAGUGAAGAUGAAGACAGUGAAGAAUUUCGAUCUAUUGGAGGAGACAGUGACUUGGAUUCAGAUAAUUAAGAAUUUUAUUGUGGAUUUCAGAUUGCUCUACUACCGAAUUCUUUUUGGUCUACGCAACUUACCAGUAUUAAGUUCCACUUUUAUAAACUACAGCUAAAAAAAACAACUCAGUGAGAAGAUGGUCUGAUUCUGUAUCACCUAAUUCCACGGUGACAAAUUUGUACUUAAGGGUAGUUAGUGUGUGCAUAUAUUUUGAUGUACGUGUUAGCAUGUGUACACAGAUGCAUGCCACACAACCCUGUACACAGACGUACAUGUCUUGAGUGAUGCCGUUUAUUUUGCUCAGUUUUCAUUUAUCUCCCUGAGCUUAUUUUCAUUUUCCUUAGCCCUUCUGAUCUAACCAAUGAAAAUAAAGUUACGUUUAGUAAAUUGACAGUGACCAGAACCUGUGCUACUUCAACAGGUGGGAUGGUGUUUAAAUUUUUUUUACACUGUCCUUUCCAAAGCAGGGUGGUGGCAACUUUAUGAGAUUCAUAAAUUUUUGUACAUACUUGCUUUGCCAUGCCCAGGGUACUAGAAGCAGGUCUGUCACUUUAUCAUUGUGUUAUAUGUACCUUUCCCCAAACUUUCCUAGAGGUCAUUAGCACAGGAACAAGUCUCAUUCUAACAAGAGACUCAUUGUGGCAUGGAUGCAAAGUACUCCAAUCCUUCAGCCAUUUUGGCAUCUGAACCACUCUUUGUACCAGUGUUGUGGCAGCAGCGAUGGAACAUUCUAUUCUUAAAGCAGUAUGUUAGCCAAAAAAUUAGCAUUUUAGCUACCUAAUGGAAUAGAUAAUGCCCAUGUUCAGGUGAUACAUUUUACAAAAUAAGGACUCUUGUAUGAUGGUCCCUACCCUAAAGAGUAUAGUAGAACUGUGAGGGUCCUUUCUGUAAUAAGUAUGCUUUCCUACUAUGUUACAUUAAAAUGGUAAUGUGAUAUGAUCUACUGAACUCUCUUCCCGAUGACUACACUGUUUUGGGGAGAAAAACACUCCUCCUGGACAGUAUGGCUAUUGGCAGCCCUGUAAUGGAUUUUCCCAUACUGUUCAUUGUGAAAAGUUUUGCCAAGCUUAAGAGUAAGAUGUAUAAAACAGACCACCACACUGUUACAUUAUAGGCAAUUUUAAGACAGAAGCUUCUGCUUGUACCUUUUAAAGGUUAACAGAAAGUUGAAUGUUUUUAUGUUAAUUGGUUGAAAUAUUGUUUUUCUCCUUUGCCCUCUCUACCUGUUUGUCUGUCUGAUCACUGGGUUAGGGUUUGGUUUUGUCAUUACUGCAGUAUUGCAGGGCAAGAAGCUGUCUGCUAUAUAGAAAUAAUAUAAGAGUGUGAUGUCUAGUUUCCAGCUUUAUAUCCUUGAUAUUGAAAAGGUCUGUGUGCAGCUGGAUAGAGAGUAAUCAACACUUAAAAAAAUUACCUGUAGUUGUCUCCAUGGUAAAGAAUGGUAAUGGUGAGACAGCUGGUUUUGUGCCAGUCCGUGUUGUAUCCCAAAUCAGAUGUGUUUUGUACCAACAA